AUGGCAACAACAGAUCUGAAUAAUACUAUGUCAAUUAAGGAAAAAUUUGAACGUAAAAUAUACUCAUUAGACUGCAUACCACGUAUUUUGGAUAUGGAUGCUCCAGGCAUAUUUAUAAACAAGAAUGGACCUUAUCCAGACGAAAUCGAAUCACUCGAAGAUAUGGAUUGGGAGAGAGAUAAACUCUUAACACCUAAGCUAAUAGCAACUAGCUAUGGCGAUUGGGAAUGUACUAUUGGAAUGAUUAAUAUAAAACAUUUUGAAAAUAGAGAAAAAUUAGAUGAUAUGUUUAUAGAUAAAAGUGAACGAACUAUUUCAAGAAACUGCUCAAAUUUUCAACGAAUUUCUAUUGACAAAGCUAUGAAAUUACUCAAAAUCAAAUUUUCGUGUGAUAUGAAUUGGUAUUUGAAUAAUCAAAGUGCAAUUGAAGAGGAUUUACAGCGUCAAGUUUUACCUUUGGAUUUAAAUAAUGAAUAUUUAAUGAAAAAGUUAGAACAAGAGUUAUUCUACAAACAAAUGUGUAAAUUAUUUGGCGAAAUGGAAGAUGAUGAUACAAUUUACGAAAAAUGUUUUAUUCUGAAAGAUUUCCAUAUGCUACAUUCGUAUGAAAACUAUAAGUUUGCCAGUGCUCAACGAGGAAACUAUUAUCUACUAUUUAACUUUGUGUACUAA